AUGACGGUCUUUAUCGCAUCUUUGUUCCUCCCAUAUACCAUCGAUUUCCAAGUGACAGAACCCAGGAAUGGACAACACGGGUCCUUCUCUAGUCAUGCAAAUGUCGAUGGUUCUGGAUCUAUCCACCUGUCGGAUACCUGCUUUCAAGCUCAUCCCAUGGGCUGUCUCCCACUGACACCCGGGGCCACGACAGAAGAUGAGACAGUCUUCAAGGGAUACACUUCGAGAUUAGCAGAUGAGAUUCCGAUCGCUAAUGAUCGAUUGUGGCAUGGUCCCAGCGAGCCCCGUGUCAUUUCUUGGGGACACAGCCGGAGAUUUAAUCAGCCCCGAUCCAAGGCGACAGAUCCUCCUACAUCGUCCAUCUUGAGUAGUCGAGGUCCAAGCCAGACACCGAGAAGAGAUUUGUCUUUGGAUGGAUCACAGGAUCGAUGGGGCAAGAAGUACCACCUUAGCACAAGAGUCUCGCUCUCCAAUGCUGAUUGGGUCGUCAAGGCCGCCGAACAAGGCCAUGGAGGUCUACAAAAUGCCAUUCACGCUGCUGAAAAGUCGGGCUUGCUCGAGGACAAGACUUGGGUGGGGACUCUAGGCAUGCCUACCGACUCAUUGGUAGAUUCUACCAGAACAGACAUUGCUGAGACCCUCCAAGACAUGUAUGAUUCGUUGACUGUUUUUGUGAGUGACAACGAGUUUGAGGGCCAUUAUACCCAUUUCUGUCGCGCGGUACUUUGGCCAGCUCUCCAUUAUCAGAUGCAAGAAAGUCCUCGGCAUACUGAAUACGACGGUUACUCUUGGGUCCAGUACCUCAACCUCAACAAGGCAUUUGCAGAAACAAUCAUCAAGCACUGGAAGCCAGGUGAUAGAAUCUGGGUUCAUGACUAUCACCUCCUGGUUCUCCCUGGUCUUUUGAGGGAAAGGCUGCCCAAGGCCGAGAUUGGAUUUUUCUUACAUACCCCGUUUCCUUCGUCCGAAAUCUUCCGUUGUUUGACUCCACGCGAAGAACUGUUGGAUGGUCUUCUAGGCGCCGAUUUGAUCGGAUUUCAGACAGAGGAAUACUGUAAUCACUUCCUUCACUCUUGCAGCCGGCUGCGGAGACUGGAAGUCUCUGCCAAUCAAGUUCACCUCAAUCAUCGGUACGUUAGUGUUGUCAAUUCUCCAUUGGGGAUUGACCCCUCCUCGCUUUAUAUACUGCGCCAAUCCACCGAGGUCAAAGGUUGGAUACACAGCAUCCGUCAUAAAUACCGAGGGCAAUAUCUCAUUGUAGCACGGGACCGAUUGGACGUACCUGGAGGGAUUAAGCAGAAGCUUCUGGCAUACGAGCUUUUUCUCCAAACUUAUCCAGCAUGGAGAGGGCAGGUGGUUCUAGUCCAAAUAAUGUCAUCUGCAUUUGAGAUUCCAGAACUACAUGCAGAGAUCUCAAAAAUCGCAAUGAGGAUCAAUGCAACACACUCAACUAUCACCCACCAGCCCCUAGUGCUGGUUCAACAAGACAUCAGCCACCUCCAAUUCAUCGCCCUUUUAAGUAUUGCACAUAUCUUCAUGGCCACCAAUUUGCGCGAGGGAAUGAACUUGACCAGCCAUGAUUUCAUCCACUGCCAAGAUGGACAGCUUACUUCCAACCAAUAUGGGUCCCUAAUCCUGAGUGAGUUCGUGGGCAGUGCCUCCAUCUUUCGUGGCCACAAGCUUCUUGUCAAUCCGUGGGACUACAAACAAUGUGCUGAUGCGAUCAACUCCGCACUUGAGAUGUCAUCGACAGAGCAGAAGCGCAACUGGAAUUUCCUACUUGAUCGCAAAUCAGCCUACACUGCUCUCAAAUGGCACAUGAGGCUACAAGAAGCUCUCACCAAUGCCCACGAAAUACAACAAAUUCGCACACAUCACCCCCUCCGAUUUCACCUGAAGACUUGGAAGACUUUCGGCAUAGAAAAGACCCUCCCCUCAGGCAAAGCUUGUGCAAUUCUAAAAACCCUCAUAACUGACCCCAAGAAUAUCGUAUACAUAAUCAGCAACCGGAGCACCGAGCAACUCCAAGAAACACUCAAAAAUCUCCCCAGCGAGCUCGGUUUCAUCGCCGAGAAUGGAUGUUUCUUACAAGAACCUGAAUCAGAUUCAUGGAUUCCAUUUGUGCCCGAAAGCGCCAUGAAAUGGCGUCCCGGCAUCAAAAAGAUGAUGGACUAUUUCCACGAGCGAACAGAAGGCAGCCGAAUCGAGGAACGCCGCUGCUCUCUAACAUUCCACUACUAUGACGCCUUGGACCGCAAAUUAGCCAAUCGCCAAGCCUCCGAACUAGCCGAUCAAAUCAAUGGUGCCCGCGGGCGUGCAGAUUUCCAUGUCGUCCGCGAGGCAACAUGUGUGAAGGUUGAACCGCCGCAUGCUGUUAUUGGAAAUGGGAAAUCGGCCACCUAUGUUCUAGACCAUCUCCCCAAUAUCCGAUAUCCCGAGUUUCUCUUUGCAGCUGGUGGAUCUCGUAGUGGGGAGGCGCUGUUUCGAUGGGCAAAUGAGUUGGCUGUUGCUCCUGCUCCUUCUCGGUUUGAUGGGUCUGAGCUUGGGAAAAGGCUAUAUGUCACCACCGUGACAACUAGCACACAUGCUACUGAGGCGAGGUCGGUGUUGCUGCCUGGUUGUUCGCUUUUGGAUGUUUUGGACAAACUAUCGAGUUUGGCCCAAUGA